CCGUAUGGGAGUUGCCCCAAAUCUCUAUGAAAAUCAACCGGCAAAGAAAAGAUUGCGAUUUAAAAUAAGAAAUUAGGGCUUGAUCACCGAUUUCGUUGGUCACCAAUUCGGUCAGGCGAAGUCUACUAAUACCUUACAAGGACAUUAGAAAGCGAGCGAGCUCUGAGAGACGAGAGAGAGAGAGAGAGAUGGAAGAAGAUUUAUCAGGAAAUGCACUUCAAACUUCAGGAACCGAUGGAAAAAAACGUAGGGUUUCAUAUUUCUACGAACCAACAAUAGGUGAUUAUUAUUACGGACAAGGUCAUCCGAUGAAACCACAUAGAAUUCGUAUGGCACAUAGUUUAGUUGUUCAUUAUGGUCUUCAUCGUUUAAUGGAAAUCAAUACUCCAUAUCCUGCUACACCUCAAGACAUAAGAAAAUUUCACUCAGAUGAUUAUGUUGAGUUUUUAUCAUCUGUUAGUCCUGAGACUUUACAUGAUCAUACUCAUUCUAGACAUCUGAAAAGAUUUAAUGUUGGUGAAGAUUGUCCUGUAUUUGAGGGUUUAUUUGAGUUUUGUCAAGCUUCUGCCGGUGGUUCCAUGGGAGCUGCUGCUAAAUUAAAUAGAGGGGAUGCCGAUAUUGCGCUGAAUUGGGCUGGGGGGUUACAUCAUGCUAAAAAAUGUGAAGCUUCUGGGUUUUGUUAUGUUAAUGAUAUUGUGUUGGGGAUUCUUGAAUUGCUCAAGAAUCAUAAGCGAGUUUUGUAUAUAGAUAUUGAUGUACACCAUGGAGAUGGAGUAGAGGAGGCAUUUUUCACUACGGAUAGAGUCAUGACUGUCUCAUUUCAUAAGUUUGGGGACUAUUUUCCUGGAACUGGGCAUAUUAAGGACAUUGGUGUGGGUGGUGGAAAGUAUUAUGCGCUCAACGUACCUCUUAAUGAUGGUAUUGAUGAUGAGAGCUUUCGUGGAUUAUUUCGUCCUAUUAUCCAGAAAGUAAUGGAAGUUUAUCAGCCGGAAGCAGUUGUUCUUCAAUGUGGUGCAGAUUCCUUAUCAGGUGAUAGGUUGGGUUGUUUCAAUCUAUCUGUAAAGGGUCAUGCAGACUGCCUAAGAUAUCUUAGAUCCUUCAACGUACCUUUAAUGGUCUUAGGAGGCGGAGGCUAUACAAUUCGUAAUGUUGCCCGCUGUUGGUGCUAUGAGACAGCAGUUGCAGUCGGAGUGGAGCCUGAUAACAAGUUGCCUUACAACGAAUAUUACGAGUACUUUGGUCCAGACUAUACUCUUCAUGUCGACACAAGCAACAUGGAGAAUCAAAACACACCUAGAGAUAUGGAGAAAAUAAGGACCUUACUGUUGGACCAACUUUCAAAGAUACAACAUGCUCCAAGUGUACAAUUUCAAGCAAGACCACCCAACACGGAACCCCCAGAAGAGGAAGAGGAGGAUAUGGAUGAAAGACCGAAAUGCCGAAUUUGGGAUGGUGAAUGCUCUGGGUCUGAUUCUGAAGAAGAACGAAAGCCUGGAAUUAAUGAUUCUGGCACAGACGGCCAACUAAACCUUGAUUCGAGAAUCAUUAAAGAUGAAGUCAUGGAUGAAAGUGCCCCACCUAGAGUAAAAGAUGAAGUCAUGGACGAAAGCCCCCCUGCUCAAGUGAAAGAAGAAGCUCCUUCUCACUAAAUUAAGGAGUACAACUGAAAGAUUCCCUUGGAUGUUAGAUUUUGGGGUAUGAUAUAUGUUACCAUGGCCACAAAGAGUGCAGCUUUGUUCUUCAAUCUUGAUAUAUGUCACCAUGGGCACAAAGAUGCAACCUGGAUACCUUAGCUCCAGUUAUAUUAUUCCCACUUUUCUCACCCUUACAAAGGGAAAGUGAAGACAAAAACUCUCUACAAAAGUGAAAGUAGGAUUCAGAAUUACAUAUUAUCAGGUUACAUUUGGUAUCUUCAUCUUCUUUUUUAUUGUUUAUUCGUAAUUUGUAACAGUUGUAAACUGUGUAGGAAAGGAAUGGAGCCAAGAAAUGAGUUUUUAGGUUUUCAAUCA